ACACUGUCGGGUCAAAAAAGCCCGAGUUGAAUUACUACGUACGUGCCUAGGUUUGACUACAUGUCCUUGUGUACUACAUAAAAUUUAACGACACUCACAGUGGAGGCCGCUCUUGUUGGUGAAUAAAGCUAGAAGGGCUGUAAUUUCUUAACAUUUUUCAAGAGUUUGUUCGUCAUGUUAUUGGAGCAGUUAUGCACACUGUUGGUGGACAAUAUCUCACUUUGUCUCCUCUGUAUCCUCGUGUUGUCCGUGUGCUGGACUUACCUUCGAUCGCCAAGGAACCUUCCACCCGGCCCGUGGGGAAUGCCCAUAUUGGGGUCUCUACCAUUUAUAGAGCCCAACCUAGCGCGAGUCGCUGCAAACCUCUCCAAGAAGUACAACUCUGACAUCGUCUCCCUGUACCUCGGGCCCGACCCUUACAUUUUCUUGCAUUCGUACGACGCAGUGAAGGAGGCGUUUCAAAAUGACAGCCUGUCUGACAGACCGGAAAGAUUCUUCUACCACAAGUAUUUGACUAAAGGAUUGGGACUUAUCAGCAGCAAUGGGAAGCUGUCGAAGAAACAACGCCACUUCUCGCUCUCGACGCUGCGAGAUUUCGCGGGCAAAAUGGCCGCCGAGAAGAACAUCCUGAGCGAGGCCACGCAACUUUGCAGCGAGUUGGAAAAACGGAACAACACCGCUCAAGACGUGUCGCCAUUACUUAACAUGGUGGCUUCGAAUAUAGUCUGCAUAUCGACCUUUGGCAAACAUUACAGUUACGAUGACGCGGAUUUUCUUUCAUACACCGGGAUUCUCAACGAAUAUGUCAGGCUGGCAAGAUUCGGCUCCAUUGCCAAUAUUUCGCCGAUUCUGCGGUAUCUCCCCGGCGAUAUUACAAAUCUGAAACGGAUAGAGGAGAUUUUUUGUAAUCAGCUGUUCAGUAUGACGGAUAAGCAAAUAGCAGAGCACAGGGAAAAGUUUGAUCCUGACAACAUCCAUGACUACAUUGAUGCUUGCAUUGCCGAGCAGAGACGUCUGAAUAGUGAGGACACUGACCACGAAUUCACAGAUGAGCAGCUCAGAUGGAAUGUGGUCGAACUGUUCUUCGCUGGAGUCGAGACGACAUCAACAACCCUCAGUUGGGCGGUUUUGUACAUGAUGACCAACCCAGACGUCCAGGAGAAGGUCCAGGCAGAAUUAGACGACGUCUUGGGCACGGAUGGGAUAGUGACGCUCAAGGAAAGGCGGCUGCUUCCUUACACUGAUGCCACGCUCUUUGAGGUCAUGCGACUGGGCUCGGUAGCCCCCCUCGCAGUACCUCACGCAAACAACCAGCGCGACAUCCAAUUCCGUGGGUACACCAUCCCCAAGGGUGCAUUCGUCCAUCCGAACAUCUGGUACCUUCUCCGUGACCCGAAGGUGUGGGAAUCGCCCGAGAAAUUCGACCCAAGACACUUCCUGAACGAGAGUGGCGAGGUUGUAACCAGACCGGAGUUCAUUCCUUUUGGCAUCGGGCGCCGCCAAUGCCUUGGGGAAAACCUGGCGAGAAUGGAGGCAUUCCUUAUCUUUGCGACACUGCUGCACAAGUUCACGAUUUCACUCCCGCCUGGAGAAGCUGAGCCAAGCUUGGAGCCAGUUGUUGGACUCACUAUGAGUCCGGCUCCUUAUAAGACACUGAUAUCUAAGAGACAUUAGAUUUAGCAUACCAACAGAUAUAGACUUCCUAGUGGAGAGCCAGCAUCAAGCUUAUAGACUAUGUAGUUGGCUUCACCUCGAGUCUGGCUCCUUAAAAGACACUGAUAUCUGUGAGAUAUUAGAUGAAGCUUGCCAUACUCAUCAAUGUCAACCGAGUCUACCAACAUUGUAAAAUCAAAACUCUAAUUUGUACCCAAGUUCUGAAAUAUGACGUACGAGGUCAGACCAGUCUACUCUAUCAUCAACCGUAUUGAAACAAGGAAUCACAGCCCGAAUUGCUCCCUGGUCAUAUUCUAUCUAUCGUUGAAAUUUCGUCUCUUGAUUCGAAUAUUUUCCAAAAGCUUAGAGUGUCAAAUGAAGAAGAAAUCGACUAAGUUCACCUUCCAAUAACACUCUUUACUCAUUGUUAAUCAAAACUCCCCGCUAGAGCAGUUGCUGAGGAGCAAAAAUAUCAUCAAAAGACGACACCAGCAGUUCAAUUGUAAUUAGCAAUAACCGCUGGACCCGAACGUAGGUUUGCCAGGGCAGCGGGAUUCAGAGUACCCCGGGCAGAGUAUCCGCAUUUGGGUAGAUGACAAGCGCCGGGAACUCGGCAUGCAACCGUCGCUCUAGUGGAAUCACAUGAAUCCCGCGAUGGCUGCCUUGACUCGCUGUACGAGAAAAUAUCUCCUUAAUCAGUCCUAACGUUGAUUGAUCCAGCAGGCAGAUAUUUUUCAAUCUUUUGACAUCUUGGACGUUGUCAUGACUCGGCUAAAAACUCCCGAAUCCUUGUUUUUAAUAGAUAAUAAAGUGAUUAAAUUGCGAUUCGUCACAUCAUCUCAAUUUUUAGUUUUCACAAAACGUGAGAAAGUGACGGAUCACCUAUCAAUCAUAUCCAAAAUAGGCGACAUCGUAUGUCUUCGUUGUUCACAUAUUGUUCUCAUUGCAUGGUCGCUAAAGGUCCACGCACUCUAAUCCGUCAUCAUACCACAGGGAAGGUCACUUUUUCAGGAGACUUUUUGGACUGCUACAUCGGCCUAGCCUUGGAAUGCGGAAAACCGCCACUUAAGUAGCAGAAUCAGACAAACCGUUGGUAGAAAAAGAAAAUUAUGUCCCUAGUAUACUUUGAGCUACAUAAUAAGGGCUUCAAAUUUUCUUUGAUCUACCGAAACCAGGAUUUCUGUACAAACUCUUCACAAACAGACCAGUAAUAGGUGUUUAUAAUUGCAGCUACACCCUUCUGUUAGUCGAGGGUGACCAGCGUAGCAUUUUGUGUAUAAAAAUGCUGAAGAAACACAGCCAAAUUAAGCGAAAUGUUGCUUUUUGCGAAUUUUCUUUUGAUUAAAUCUUUACGUUUUAUGCAUAUCUUGGCU